UGUCGUACUUUUCCGAAAAAAUUUCUCACAUUUUUAAUUGAAGCGGAUAGAGCCAAUAGCUAACACUGACAACCGUCAGAUUGGAAUAUGUCCACUGGUGCACGUUAUACGGUUGAAGUAGCGCGGGGGAGGGACGACGACUAUUUUCAGCUCGUCUGAACUGAGAUCUCACGCCAAAGUCAGAACAAAAUGUGGAGAAGUCGUCGGUUGUCGAUCCUCGUUACUUGCCUCUUGCUUGCUUUUGUUCAGGUUUCCUCUGAAGAUCCCGAACUCGGAUCGGUUCGCGUUGUUUUUCAGACUAAUUAUGGAGACAUUGAAUUUGGAUUUUUUCCCAGUGUUGCACCCAAAACUGUUGACCACAUAUUCAAACUUGUCCGUUUGGGUUGCUAUAAUACUAAUCACUUCUUCCGGGUUGACAAGGGAUUUGUUGCCCAAGUGGCAGAUGUUUUGGGUGGUAGAACAGCUCCUUUGAAUGAGGAACAAAGGGAAGAAGCUGCAAAAACCAUUAUUGGUGAAUUUAGUAGUGUCAAACAUGUAAGAGGUAUUCUUUCUAUGGGGAGGUAUGCUGAUCCAAAUAGUGCACAAUCCUCAUUCUCAAUCCUUCUAGGUGAUGCUCCUCACCUUGAUGGCCAGUAUGCAAUAUUCGGUAGAGUUACGAAAGGCGAUGACACACUGAGAAAGCUUGAGCAACUCCCAACCCGUCGAGAGGGGAUCUUUGUAAUGCCAACUGAACGGAUCACAAUUUUGUCAACCUACUUUUACGACACCAAGGUAGAGAGUUGCGAAGCAGAGAGGUCAAUACUGAAAAGAAGGCUCAUUGCUUCUGCCAUCGAAAUUGAGAAACAGAGAAUGAAAUGUUUCCCGUGAAUCAGAAGCAAGAUGGCCUUUUAGGCUUUAGCGAAUGUUUUGCAAAGAUAUAUUCCAGUAUGGGGUGGAAGAACGUUAGCUAAAAACAGAAUUGUAUAUGAUGAUUCCAUUAAGAAAGAGAGUGUUCUCUUGAAGAAAACAGCUCUAAUACACCAAAAUGAAAACUACGAAAAUCCACUAGCUAAUAAAACGGACGGUUUAAUCCCUCA